GUCCCAACCGUCUGGAAAUAACAGGGGGGAGAACUCAGGAACGAGACUGAAGGAGGGGAAUCAGAAAACGAGUGCAAGAGGAAAACAAGUACAAAGAGGACAGCGAGUGAAGGAGGAAAGCGCUUUCAGGAGGAAGAAGUGUGUGUGUGUGUUUUAUCCAAAGCUGAAGAUGGCUACGUACACAGUAACUCUCAAUGGCUCCGCGCCAUGGGGUUUCAGACUACAUGGAGGAAAAGACUUCAAUAUGCCACUUACCAUCUCCAGGAUAACUCCAGGCAGUAUGGCUGCAGGGGGCAGUCUAGUCCAGGGUGACAUCAUCACAUCGAUAGACGGCCUUAGUACAGAAGGCAUGACACACCUUGAGGCACAGAACAAGAUUAAGAUGGCCUCCAAUAAACUGGCCCUCACCAUGCAAAAGUCGAAACGUCCUACCCUUGUUCCCAUGGCAACACCCAGAAUGGACUCCCCCAUGUCAGUUAUUCCUCACCAGAAGAUUAUUGCAAACACGGCUGGAAAUCAGGAGUAUGUGCCCAGCUUUAACCCCAUAGCUCUGAAGGACUCAGCUCUGUCUACCCAUAAGCCCAUCGAGGUGCGCGGCCCGGGAGGCAAGGCCACCAUCAUUCACGCUCAGUACAACACCCCCAUCUCCAUGUACUCACAGGACGCCAUCAUGGACGCUAUUGCCGGACAGUCACAGUCCAAGGGCCAUGAGGGUGAUGAUGUACCUGCUGGCUCCCCCCUGGCUGGUUCCCUGCCUAUGAAGGACCCGGUGGUUGACAGUGCGUCUCCAGUCUACCAGGCUGUGAUCCAGACACAUGAUAGAGACGAGGAGAUUGCCGAGUGGGCCAGACGGGCUGCCAACUUGCAGUCCAAGAGCUUCAAGAUGCUGGCCCACCUCACCGGCACUGAAUACAUGCAAGACCCAGAUGAGGAGGCCCUGCAGAGGUCGAGGGAUAAGUUUGAAUCGGAGGUGAAAGGACCUCGCUUCCGCAAGCUGAAGAACUGGCACAACGGGCUCUCAGCUCAGAUCCUCAAUGUCCCUGAGACUCCCUUCUAAUUGAUCUGCCAGGUCUAUCCUUUAUCUUUGGAAUGAUUAGAAUGUUUAGAAUGGUUUUUGUUUUUCUUUCUUGUUGGUUGUUUUGCCUCUCCUAACUGAUAGGGAAUUGUACAAAAAAGAAUUUAAGAGAAAUUGUAAAAGUGAUCAUGUAAACACACACUCGCGAACACGCGAACACGGACAUGCGCGCAC